AUGAGUAGUCCAAAGUCGCCGAAGUCACCAAAGUCACCAAAGUCACCAGAGUCGAAGUCUCCCACCCCUGGGGCAGCGUCUCCUCAGGAUCUAGGAGGCGAUGCGAACGCUCCAAUCGAAGUGGACCUCGACGAUGUCGAAUCCGUCUACGCCCAAUCAACGGUAACGGACACCACAUCACUCCGGUCUUCCAUCUUGGAUUACAAGUGGGAGAAUGGACGGCGAUAUCACGCAUACCAAGAUGGUGCAUACUACCAACCCAACGACGAGAAGCAACAAGAGGCGGAGGACUUGAUGCAUGAAAUGUUCCGAAUUAUUCUCGACGACAAACUAUACGAAACUCCGAUUGGAGAAGACACUCAGCGCGUCUUAGAUCUCGGCUGCGGAACAGGAGCAUGGGCUAUCGACUUCGCAGACGAGAAUCCCGCGUCCGAGGUAAUUGGCGUUGACCUUUCUCCAAUCCAACCGAGCUUCGUUCCACCCAACUGUAAAUUCGAGGUCGACGAUAUUACCAAAGACUGGACAUUCCCAGAAAGCCAUUUUGACUUCAUUCAUAUUCGAUAUUUGACAGGCUGUAUUCCUGAAUGGGUCAGCUUCUAUAAGAAGGCUAUGCGCCAUGUAAAGCCUGGAGGGUGGGUUGAGCAUGUCGAACUGUCAACUAUCCCUCGAUCAGACGACGAUACGCUCAGGUCCGGGGGUGCCAUGGAAAGGUGGGGAGGGAUAUUCGAACAACUGGGUACUGCAACAGGUAAGACGUUUGGCAUCUGCGAGACUGGCCGUGAACUGUUCCGCGAGGCGGGCUUCGCAAACAUCAAUGAACGCACGUUGAAGAUUCCGAUCGGGACCUGGCCGAAGGAUCCGCUUUUGAAGAAAUGGGGGCUCUGGAACCGGCAAUUUGUUUUGCAGGGCCUUGAAGGGUUUGCGCUUCGUGGCUUGACAGACCUGCUGGGGUGGUCAUUUGAAGAGGCACAGAUGUUCCUCCUCCAGGCCCGCCAGGAAUUGACUGAUCCCAGGGUCCACUCGUACAUCGAGAUGUAA